UACUGAACCAAUCCACCUGUUCAAACGAACCAGAGUCGUGAAUCGCACAUCAUCCCAAAGCCAGUGCAUGACAGCUGAGGAGAGCAGGAGGACCGCGACGCUCCUCAACCUCCCGCAUUCAUUUCAGUCAUAUCCAUACAGACAGCGAGCGAAGGCUGUGUUUAUUUAGAAAUUAUUUACCCUCUUUAGCUCGGAGGAUUCAUCCAGGGAGGUUGAAUGGAAGCCGCGGCGGCUGAAGGGGCGGCCAGUCUGUCCGAGGCCGGGGAUGGGAGUCCGUUAUCCGGGGCAACAGCAUCCGAGGACGCGGGGUCGGCGGACGACGUGGAUGCGGAUUCCAUAUCGAAAAAGGCUUUCAUCACAGAGAUGCCUUCAUCGUCAGGCCUGCCGUCUCAUGGGAAGAAGAUCGGACACAGAGGAGUGGAUGCUUCUGGAGAGACCACGUAUAAGAAGACCACAUCUUCAGCGCUGAAGGGGGCCAUUCAGCUGGGAAUUGGCUACACAGUCGGUAACCUGAGUUCCAAGCCGGAGCGGGACGUCCUGAUGCAGGAUUUCUACGUAGUGGAGAGCAUCUUCUUCCCCAGUGAAGGGAGCAAUCUGACACCAGCACAUCAUUUCCCAGACUUCCGCUUCAAAACCUACGCUCCCGUGGCCUUCCGUUACUUCAGAGAGCUCUUCGGCAUACGGCCCGACGACUAUUUGUAUUCGCUGUGUAACGAGCCGCUGAUUGAACUGUCCAAUCCCGGAGCCAGCGGUUCAGUCUUUUAUCUCACAAAGGAUGAUGAGUUUAUCAUUAAGACAGUCAUGCACAAGGAGGCCGAGUUUUUACAGAAGCUUCUUCCUGGAUAUUAUAUGAACUUGAAUCAGAAUCCUCGCACCUUAUUACCCAAGUUCUUCGGGCUCUACUGCGUACAAUCGGGUGGCAAGAACAUUCGAAUGGUGGUGAUGAACAACGUUUUGCCCAGGGUGGUGCGCAUGCACCUUAAAUACGACUUAAAGGGGUCCACAUACAAAAGGCGGGCAUCAAAAAAAGAACGGGAAAAGGCAAAACCAACUUUUAAAGACCUUGACUUCAUGCAGGAAUUACCAGACGGACUCAUGCUGGACACAGACACAUACAACGCCCUGGUCAAGACCUUACAGAGAGACUGUUUGGUCUUGGAAAGCUUUAAGAUUAUGGAUUACAGUUUGCUGCUGGGCGUUCACAACAUCGAUCAGGCGGCAAAAGAGCAGCAGAUGGAAGGAUCUCAGGGCAACAGUGAUGAAAAGAGGCCGCUGGCACAGAAAGCGCUUUACACCACUGCCAUGGAGUCCAUACAGGGAGCGUCGGCCUGUGGAGAGGGCAUCGACACCGAUGACACGAUGGGUGGCAUUCCUGCAGUCAAUGGAAGAGGAGAGCGUCUGUUACUGUACAUCGGAAUAAUCGACAUCUUGCAGUCGUACAGGUUAAUAAAGAAGCUGGAGCACACAUGGAAAGCUCUGGUCCAUGAUGGGGACACGGUGUCUGUUCACAGACCGUCUUUCUACGCCGACCGCUUCCUCAGGUUCAUGAGCUCUACUGUGUUCAGAAAGACUUCCUCAUUAAAAUCGUCUCCGUCAAAGAGGGGUCGGGGGGGUCUGGCGGUGGGCAAAUACUGUGGACCCGGAGCGGCCUGGUCUGCCAGCCAGCUGCCCUUCAUGAGGGACGAAAACAUCUACGACCUCAGAGGAGCCCGCAGCUUCCCCACACUGGAGGAUGAUGGUCGGGCAGAUGUUCUUCCCUGCACUCCUCCUUCAUUCGAGGAGGCCACCACAGCCUCCAUCGCCACCACCCUCUCCUCCACCACCUCUCUGUCCAUCCCUGAACGCUCGCCUUCAGACACCUCUGAACACCCGAGAUACAGGAGACACACACAAUCCAGCCAUGAAGAAACUAUGCAGGAUGAAGACCAGCAGACCAUCACGGUGGAAGUGGAAGUGGAAGGACGAUAUGAUAGCGAACCCACACUCGUGGCUCCCCAGGUAUCGCCGGAGAUCAGUGAAGCUGCAGAGACUAUUCCAGAAGCCUCGUCCUCCUCCGUCCCGGCGAGUCCCAGGAUCGUGGUGGAGUCUGACGGCGGCAGUCAGGCCUCAGGCUGUACAAGUAGAGCCUCGGUGGACGAGGAGGAUGACGUGCCAAUCACAGACAUUUAUUUUUUCUGUGAUGGCAGCGUCCAUGUUUGUCCGCCCGCCACACACAGAAGAAGGCAUAUUCCUCCAGAAGACAAAAGCUGGGUUUAUUCUCCUCUGCAUUUCAGCUCAGGGCCUAAAACCCUGCCCGAGGAUGAAGGGGAAAGUGAAACAUAAUCAGACCUCAGGAGAGAAGGGCAGCUAAAGGUUUGGACUCUUCAGAUGAAUCAUGUCGGAUGGACGCUGCUGUCAGAUGUUUCCGCAACUGCUUCAUCUUCAUCGUCCUGUCAUCUAUUCCACAAACAGAACCAAGCGAGUGGUAAUGCCAUUGUAUAGAGGUAUUUAAAAGUAAUAAUGAAAGUUUUUGUUUGAUUGUGUUAAAAGUUCUGUUCUUUUAUUUUAUUAAGUACUGUGAAAUGUGUUCAUCCAAGUAAGUUCUGGGACUCAAGCCUCUCCUCAUUGGCAUUUUUUUUAUUUUUUUUAUUUUGGAGGUAGGCUGAGAGUUUUGUUGACAAAAUAAAUGUAUUUGUAUUUAUUUUAGUUUGGUUAUUGGCAUCAUUACGAAAUUGUUGAAAAAAAUUGUAAAUUCAUUCGCACUGAUGCAAAUGGGCGGACGGUUCAUAUGAAUAGGUUGCAGUUUUUGCUAAUUUAAUAUGUUUUGGAGGGAUUUUAUGGAAGCUUGUUUGAAAAAAGUGUCUCUCAGAAUUCUGACUAUUUCUCGCAAAUUCAGUUUUGCAGAAGCAUUAUAUUUGGAAUUGGGAAUAAACAAGUUUGACUGUAUUAUUUGUCACUGUUUUGUAAAAAGUUUAGCAUUUUUCAUAAAAAUGUACAAAUUGGGGAAAACCCCUGUAAACUCACAGAGGAGAGAAAUAGUUGCAAUUCCUUUUGCAAAUUUGAAUCUCGCGAUUUCAACUUACAAACAUCCAAUUUCAUGUUCAUGUUUCAUCAUGUUCAAUUUCAUUUUCAAGUUGUGAGAAAGUCAACUCUAAAUUACAAGAAACAAUUCUGACUGGUCUGGAGUUAUCUCAGUUUAUGGUAAACUAUUUAAAAUUGUGAAGGAUGAACUCAGAGUUCAUAGAAAAAGUAGAUAGAAACAGAAUUCUGAUCAAUGAACUGUAAAGAUAAGUGAGAGACACUAAAAAUAGAUUUUUUUUUUGUUUGUUUUCCAAAAAUUGGCUUUUUUUCCUCAGAAUUGUAAUUUUAUAUUUCCCAUAUUUAGCUUGUAAACAUUUCAAGUCGAUUUCUAUUUUUUCCUUUUUAAAACUGCAACAUGAAAUGUAAAUCUGCAAUUAUGAGUAGUCGCAAUUCCGAUUCAGUAUCUUUUUUUUUUUAUUUAAAAAAAAAAUCAAAUGCAAUUGCGAGAAAUGGUCACAAUUCUUAUUGGUAUAAGUUUUGCAACUUUGUAUCUCACAAUUUUAGCUCAGAAAUUUUGCUUUUACGAGUUUGUAUCACAGGUCUGAGAAAACGAUUAAAAGAUGCAAUAUUGCACAAUAUGUGGAAUAUAAACCGUUUAUAGAAAAAAAAAAAUCUGAUACAAACAGAAUUGCCAAAAAUAAAAAGUCUUGCAAUUUUGGCUUUUUCAAAUUUUCCUAAGAAUUGGGAGCUGUGUGUCUGGACUGUAUGAACAGAGUUAAACUCAGAAUUCUGAAGAAAAAGGUGAAAUACUAACUCAAAUGAAAGGAAAUAAUUUGUUGAAAUUGAGAGAAUACAAAGUGGAUUGUGAAAUGUAAACCUAUAUAUAUAUAUAAUCCUGUACAAUUUGGUUUGUUUUUAUUGGUUCAUCAGAAAGAAAGAAAAAGAACCAGCAAUAGUGUGUGCAGUGUUUGAGUUUGGUGAAAGUGCAACAAGUAUAUUGUGUGAUUUUCACCAACAACCAAAGUCCAUUUUUCCACGUUUUAAUUUAGAAAUUAGGAUCCACAAUGGAUUGAAAUAGUUUUAAAAUAUAUAUAUGUUUACCCGUUUUGUUUUUAUAUACAUUCCAUUGUCCAAAUAAGUUAUUUAUAACGCACCUAAAUCCAUUAAUAUCAUCAGAACCUAAUUACAGAGACAUGUUAAAUCGGAAGACGGGACCAAACUUGUGUUGGAGGCCAAAUAUCGCAAUCAUUUCACCACAGAAAUAUUGAAGGUCAGUUGUAUAUCAACAUGUAUAGGCUGUGCGUGUGUGUUUGUGGUUGCGAGUGUGAAAAUGUGCGACACGGAUUCUUAUAACGUGCAGUGGCCAGUUGCUAUUUGAUAUUGCUGUCGUAUCUGAAGCGACUACUACAGCAAUAUAUCUGUAAAGUGUAGCACACGCAUAUUUAAGUUGCCUUAUAUUCUUGCCAACCUACAGUUAGAAAAAUACUCACCAACUCAGUCUCUCUUUCUCCCACCCUAUGAUAGUGUCUUAGAGAAUUUGUAUAUAGAUAUUUAAAUACAUAUAAAUUAUAUUUUAAAUGUUUUUCGAGGGUUUAUUUCGCACGAGUGGCUUGCAGAAACCCACCCAUUCUUCCAGCUGGUUUUUUUUUUUUUGUAUCGUGUAAACUUCAGUUGGGAUGGUAAAGUCUGUACCGUCUCAGACAUACAAUUGUAUCAAUCGCUUGCUCUUCCAAAAAUUGAGCUGUUUUGUGUGUAUGUGUGUGGUCAAAAGAAAAACAAGCUGUGUGCCCCCCUUCGAUAGCAAAAGAGCAUGGCAAAAUGUGAGUAUUUGCAUUGAUGUACAGCAUAGACAGUUACCUCUAUGAAGAAGACCACCACCAAUGGACUGAUGUGUGUACAUUUUGUUCAGAACCUUCAAAUAAACAACUUGAUUCAC